AGAAAAUCUGAAUGCAGUAGCCAUUAAUCUCCCGACCCUUUUUCUAUUUUCCUUCAGUUUCACCGUUUUAAACCUCAAAGAUUUAUCAUCACUUGUGCGCAUCAAACGGGUCUUCUCGAAGAACCCUUAUGCCAGCAGCUGGGUAGCAAGAACAAGAACAAGAACAAUUUCACCCAUGUAUGGUAAUUUUUGCGGUGAAAUUUCUGAGGUUUAUGAUUAUUGCCUCCCUUGGUAGAGAAAAUUAUUGCAAGUAUCCUUUGUUAUUUGGUCUAAAUUUUGAAAAAUGGAAGCGAGUGGCAGUAGUUUGGUAGCAAACUCAACCUUGGAGCCUAGGGAUGAUAUGGAAUUCGAUACGCAUGAGGCUGCUUAUGAGUAUUACAAAGAGUAUGCGAAAUCAGUAGGAUUUGGCACUGCAAAAUUGAGUAGUCGUCGCUCGAGGGCAUCCAAAGAGUUUAUAGAUGCCAAAUUUUCCUGCAUUAGGUACGGGAAUAAGCAACAGUCUGACGAUGCUAUUAAUCCGAGGCCGUCUCCGAAGAUUGGGUGUAAAGCUAGCAUGCACGUGAAGCGUAGACCGAAUGGGAAGUGGUAUAUUCAUAGUUUCAUGAAAGAUCAUAACCACGAGCUCUUACCAGCUCAAGCACAUUUUUUCAGGAGCCAUAGGAGUGCUGAUAAUUUGAAUAUUGAUGCUAAAGUCAGGAAGAAGAAAGUCAUGGCUUCUGUGUUAAAGCAGUACGGUUCUUAUCAGUUUUCAGGUUCUUGUAUAGAGAAUGUAAUCCGGAAUCAGCAUGAUAGGGGGCGAUAUUUGAGUUUGGAAGAAGGUGGAGCUCAGGUUGUACUUGAAUUUUGUACCCACAUGCAUGAAGAGAAUCCAAAAUUCUUUUAUGCGUUAGACUUCAAUGAGGAGCAUCGACUGAGAAAUGUUUUUUGGGUUGAUGCGAAAGGCGUGGAAGAUUUCACGUACUUUGGUGACGUGGUUUCAUUUGACACAACCUAUUUUGCGAACAAGUACAGAAUUCCGUUGGUUCUUUUAAUUGGAGUGAACCAUCAUGUCCAACCCACAUUGCUUGGGUGCGGAUUGAUUGCAGACGAGACCUUAUGUACAUUUGUUUGGUUGAUGCAAUCGUGGUAUUUGGCAAUGGGGGGCCGAAGUCCUAGAGUGCUGCUCACUGAUCAAAAUGAGGCUAUCAAAGCUGCUGUCUCGCUGGUCUUUUCAGACACUCAUCACUUUUUCCAUCUGUGGCAUGUUCUGGAAAAUAUACCAAGACGGCUUGAUUACCUUAGCAUCUGGCAUGAUACUUUCAUGGAGAAAUUCAAUAAAUGCAUAUAUAGAUCAUGGAAUGAAGUACAAUUUGAGAAAAGAUGGUGGAAAUUGAUUGAGAGAUUCAAUCUUCGAGAAGAUGAAUGGCUUCAGGCUUUGUAUGAAGACCGCAAACUCUGGGUGCCUGCAUUUGUGAAGGAUGUUUCUUUUGCUGGGUUAUCUGCUGCUUCAAGAUCCGAAAGUUUGAACUCUUUCUUUGACAGAUACAUCCACGGGGAAAUGUCUUUGAGAGAUUUGAUAGGAAAAUAUAAAUCAAUUCUUGAAGACAGAUAUGAAGAGGAGGCUAAAGCAAAUUUUGACGCAUGGCAUGAAACACCAGAGUUGAAAUCACCUUCACCUUUUGAGAAACAAAUGCUAUUUGUUUAUAGUCAUGAAAUAUUCAAAAAGUUUCAAAUGGAGGUCCUGGGAGCAGCAGCUUGCCAUCUGAAAAAAGAAAAGGAAGAUGGUACAACUGUAUUAUAUGGAGUGAAGGACUUCGAAAACAGUCAAGAUUUUAUGGUGGAAUGGAACGAACUGAAAUCAGAUAUAUACUGUUCUUGUCAUUCAUUUGAAUAUAAAGGCUACCUCUGUAGGCAUGCUAUCGUGGUUCUCCAAAUGUCUGGUGUGUUCAGUAUACCAUUUAAAUAUAUACUGAAACGAUGGACAAAUGCAGCUAAAAGUAAAAUUCCCCUCAGUGAGAAGUUAGAUGAAGUGCAAGCUAAGGUCCGACGUUACAAUGACCUGUGUCGACGAGCUAUAAUAUUGGGUGAAGAGGGCUCAUUAUCACAGGACAGUUACAAUGCUGCGGUUUGUGCCAUAACUGAAGCUCUGAAACAAUGUGAGAAUGUAAAUAAAAAUUCUGAGAAUAUUUCGAGAUCCAUCCUACCUGCACCUCUUGCCAUCCAAGGUGUUGCAGGAGUGAACCAUUACGGUACUAUUACCUGUGGACAGCAGUUGCCUGUGUGUAAAGUCACCAAUACAAACAAAGUUUCCAAGAGAACAAAUUCUGGAAAGGAGCCCGCAGGCAAUGGAGAAAUCAGUAGUAAAAAAGGGAAGGUGCCACUAGAGCCGCAAAUGACUAAUGUCGGGACGCAAGGCAUCUUUCAGCAUAUGGAUAUGCCUGGUCCCCUGGAUUACCCUACACUGUAUCCUCGGUUUCUGACGACAUUACUAAAAGGUGGUGAGGUGUCCAAGAGAAGCGUGGAGAUGCUGGGGGAGAUGUUAGAGGAACAAAGCUGAAGGUGUAAAGAUCAUGUGGAAGAUUUUUGGACAAAAGCAACAGGAUUUCCUGUCCAAAUUCUGAAGCUGAAAAGUUGGACUGUUUUCUAUUUCGUUGCUGAGCGACGGAGAACUUGUCAGCUGGAGCACUCCCGAACAGUUUUCAUAUGGAUCGGCAGUAAAAGACAGAAGCUAUAUUAAAAACUUGUCUACUCUCCACAUUAAAUAGUCGGCCCCCAGAAUGAAGGGGGUGAUCUCGUAGUUCUUGGUCUGGUGAAGAUGCGUGGCAAGUCAACAGUGCAUAACUUCAGGUACAACUGCAGCUUAUUGCUAAUGAUUUACCUCUUGGCUGCCCAUGGCCGUGUGUUUAGUGUUCAAAAUUACAUAACUAUGGUAGAUACAGAAGAGCUGUAACAAUAAGCAUUAGAAAUCUUGGUAGGCCUUGUAACUACUUACUGCAUUUGGUGUAUAUAUUAGAGCACUAAUCAGUUAUAACCUGCACUGUGUCUCAACUCUUCAAAGUAAGAAGGCAAGAGAAAAGAAGAGAAACUUUCCCAAAUUUCCUAGACACUUGGUACAAAAAUUAGACACAAAUGGUAUUGCUUUUGCAAGAGCUGCAUGGAGCUUUCUGGGUCACGCCACAUUUGAGCUAAAAGCCUUUCUGCUAGGCAACUUAGGACAUCAUAUUCCUGUAUUAUCUAGAAAAGAAGAGGAUGAAGAAUUAUUUGGUAAUGGUUGUUAAAGCUAAUUAAAACCGAGGAUAAUUAUACCCUUGUUCAUUGAGGUUUGGUGCAA